ACAGCUUGAGUGUGUUUCUUCUAUAACACACUACUUUUGUAUAUAUUUUCAAAUCCAACAAAUCCGUCAGUUACUCUUCAGAAUCUUCUUCAGUUUCCCGCUACUCUCUCUCUCUACAAAUUAAUAUCUUUAAACCCUAACUUCACUCAAAAACGGUCAGUUACAUUCAAUUAUACUCUCUUUCUCUCUCUACAGUUUAGUUUAAGGAUAUUCUUUGGCCGCAAGAUCAUGAUACAAGUUAAAGAGGAAGCUCCAACUCUGGACAUUGGUGGAUUCAUUUCUUGUUCAUCUUUCUCUGAUAGCAGUUAUGAGGCUAGCACUCCGAGAUGCUCCUCCGAGCCUGGUUCCAGUUGUCGAAGGAGCUCAGGUCCAACUAAGCGUUCUUCUCAGGCAGGCUGGACAGAAGAAGAGGACAAUCUGUUGACUGAAGUGGUGGAACGGUUCAAAGGAAGAAACUGGAAAAGAAUUGCUGAGUGCUUGAAUGGAAGGACUGAUGUACAGUGCUUGCAUCGCUGGCAGAAGGUUCUGAAUCCUGAGCUUGUAAAGGGUCCUUGGACAAAGGAGGAGGAUGACCUGAUUAUUGAGUUAGUUGAGAAACAUGGCUGUAAGAAGUGGUCCUCUAUUGCAAAUUCUUUGCCUGGUCGCAUUGGCAAGCAGUGUCGGGAAAGGUGGCAUAAUCAUCUUGACCCAACAAUAACAAAAGAUGCCUGGACUGAACAGGAAGAAUUGGUCCUAUGCCACUAUCACCAAUUAUACGGAAAUAAGUGGGCUAAAAUUGCGAAGUUUCUUCCUGGAAGGACUGAUAAUGCAAUUAAAAAUCAUUGGAAUUCCACUCUGAAGAAAAGAUUGAAUUUGAAUUUACUAAGUAGGUUAGUGCCGGAUAUCAAAAGUGAGGGAUCUCCGGACUUCUCAACUCACAAGAAAAAUAUGGAAAUCAAGAAGCAUCCAACACAGGCUCAUAAUGCAGAAACAGUCUUUUUGAGCGAGCAAACAGGAGUAGGUAAUGCUGCUGAUGCUUGCCCAACUGAUUUGAGAAUUGGAUCUGCUAAUUCUCCUCAAAAUGGUUUGCAUAAGGGUACUUCUUCAUUUGGAACCUGUAAAUCAUCAGAACAGAAGGAGAGGGAUCUGAUUAAGCAAUUUGGUGGAAUACAAUUUGUCAAUGCAGAAAUUCUUCCAAUAGGUGAGACAGAUAAACAAUGCCAAUCCACUUUAAGUCUCACUAAAAUAUCAUAUCCUCUGUUGGACUCUUCUUUAGAUGCUCGUUUGGAUCCAUCACACAACACCAGAUGGAGUAGUUCUCAAGUUGAGGCUGUUCGUCCUACUUCUUUUGGGAGUAUGUAUGAAUCUCCCAAAAGGUCUAGGUACGACGCUGUUAAUGAUCCUGACCAUGAUUUCUUGAGUUUGUCAUUGGCUGCCUUCACCGAGGUUUCCUACGGUAACAAGAAAAACAAAACAUAUGAUACACAAUAUUCUUUGGCUCUCAAUCAGCCUGGCCGCUUGUAUUAUGAACCACCAAAAGUAAAAGACCUGAUGAUUUCUUCAAUGGAUGAAAACCUUAGUAAAGACAACUUUACCGGGCAACAUCAUGGCCAUCCAUUUUGCUCUACACCUCCUAGUCUUAAGUUAACAGUCUCUGCUAAUGGUAGCAGUCCAGAAUCUGUGUUAAGGAACUCCGCAAUGAGCUACACAAAAACUCCUUCAAUCAUAAGGAAGAAGACUUCAAGAGUUGCAGAAGCUUCUGGUCAUUCUAGUUGCACAGGCAGUACCACACCCAUGCAUUUUCUCGGGAGUGUACCUGACAGGGAAGACUCCUCAAACCUGAAGGACAGGAUUUCUGGAUGUAAAAGAUCAGUUUCCGGAAAAUCCCUUGGAAGACGGUUGGAAUAUGCCUUUGAUAUGGAACGGGAUUCCUCUAGAUCUUGCACACCAGUUUCUGCAGUUCCACCUUGUGGACUUACUCUUGGUGCUAAUACAAUGUUAACACCAUAAAACAGGAUUGAGCUGCAGAGGAUUUGUCUGGGGAAGCUUUUGUUGUAGAUUACAAGCAGUGUCAAUCAGAAAACUCUCAACGCAUGUCAAUUUUCGAGGUAACAAAGACCAGUGAAGCAAUGACAUAUGCCCAAACACUUGACAGAAGUCCAUAUCGAAGCUGAAGAAUUAGUUGACAAACAUGUAAACUUGAUUAGGGUAAGAUUCUCGUUUUGGGAGUCACACAAUUCUCUGUGGAUGUACACUCUGAAAAACUGUUUUUCCCUGUCCUAUUUCAGAAGUCUAGCAGAAGGAGAGGAUUGGUUUUGUAAAUAUGCAUUUUAACUCAAUUUCACAUUGUUCAAAAAAUGUGUUCCUAGUGUUUUUGCCUUGUUUCAUGCCAUGGAUAAAUAAGGUGAAAAUUAAUUGUAGUAACUAACUAUUGGUUUGAUAAGUUUCAAAAUCUA